UAUUUUAAAAGCUGAAUACAACAGAACAAUGGCUGCUAUACGUAAAAAGCUAGUGACAGUUGGGGAUGGUUCCUGCGGUAAAACAUGCCUUCUUCACGUGUUUAGCAAGGGCCAAUUCCCAGAAUUUUAUAUACCCACUGUGUUCGAAACCUAUGUAGCAGAUAUUGAAGUGGAUGGGAAAAUGGUUGAAAUGGCCUUAUGGGAUACUGCUGGUCAGGAAGAUUAUGAUAGACUACGACCUCUGUCCUACCCAGACACUGUCAAUGUCAUUCUUAUGUGCUUUUCCAUUGAUAGUCCAGACAGUUUGGAGAAUAUACCUGAGAAGUGGGCACCAGAAGUUAAACACUUCUGUCCUAAUGUUCCUAUCAUUCUUGUAGGAAACAAGAUAGAUUUGAGAAACGACGAAGCUGUAAGAUGUGAACUUGCUAACAUGAAUCAAAAACCAGUGGCAUUAGAGGAUGGGCGUGCAAUGGCUGAGCGCAUUGGAGCGCACUGCUAUUUAGAGUGUUCUGCUAAGAAGAUGGACGGCAUAAUAGAGGUGUUUGAGGCAGCAACUAGAGCUGCCCUACAAGUUAAAAAGAAGGAGACGAUCAAAUGUAGAAUAUUCUAACAUCUUUGACAUUUACAGCAACCAAAUUAAUUACUGUAUUGCUUAGAACUUGGAGGGCGCUCGAGGGGUGUUUGAGCAAGUAACAAGAGUUGCGCGCUAUUAGUAAAACAGAAGAAGCUAGAAGACAAAAUGUAGAAUUAAUAUUCUAGUAUAACUGUACUGCUGAAAACACGGAGAGCAUUCGAGAGGUGUUUGUGAAAGAUAUAGGCGCGUUACUAUAAGUAAAACAGAAGAAGCUAUAGAAGAGAAGAUGUAGAAGAUUCUAGCGAUCACUCGAUUGCUAAGAACAUGGGAGGAGUUCGAGAGGUGUUUGAGAAGCAACAACGACUGCGCUACGAGUAAAAACGAAACAAAAGAUAAUGUACAGACAAUUUUGACAUUUAAUACUUUUACAGUAGUGCAAAGCUGGUAUAAUAUUUAGUGUGAAAUAACCAGCAGUUGCUUAUCGUGUAGAUACAAGAAACUUAGUUAUAAUAUAUUUCUAUAAUCUUGAUCCCUAGCUGAUGUUUUUGUAUGUUUAGAGCUUUUGUAAGAUCAGAAUGUGUUCACCUUUUCAGUUAUGAAAGUGUAUAAUAAUAAAAGAUUAUUAAAACGUU